ACCAACGGGAAUGUUGACAUCGGCUAAAAUUACGUAAAUGUCGCCCCCUGUUGGUGGCCACCGUACUCGUACUGUCCAUGUUGACGUUUGAAUAAAGUUGUAGCGACGGAAUUUGAAUCCAUGAUGGCGGCGUGCUUGCCAGUGUUUGUAAAAAUGUCACCCUCAGCCUGUUUAGCUUCUCGGUGUUUUCUGUGGGAACAACAUUCUCCUCGGAACCUCCUGAGGUCUUUGACAAACCUUCGCAGACAAGGUUUCUCGUUGAAAGCCCAGCCGGUACCGGAGGACAGUGUGGUCGGUGAAGCCCGGUUCUGCGGACCGCUGGAUCAUUAUUGUGGGCUGAUUAAGGACGGCACACUUCGGGAGGAUGCACACCAGAAAGCGGUGCUGGAGACUCUGGACAAGCUGCACAAAACACUGCGAGGAUACAGCAACACUCCAACGUCGCUCUUCUCAAAGCUGUUCACGAAACCCAAACCUCCAAAAGGCUACUAUAUCUACGGCGAUGUUGGCACCGGGAAGACCAUGGUGAUGGACAUGUUUUAUUCAUAUGUCGAGACGGAGAAGAAGAAGAGGGUCCACUUUCACGGUUUCAUGCUGGACGUUCAUAAACGAAUCCAUCGACUGAAGCAGAGCAUGCCGAAGAGGAAAGCCGGGAAGAUGGCCAAGUCUUACGACCCCAUUGCUCCGGUGGCAGAGGAGAUAAGCGAGGAGGCCUGCCUUCUUUGUUUCGAUGAGUUCCAGGUCACUGACAUCGCAGAUGCCAUGAUUCUGAAGCAGCUUUUCGAGAACUUGUUCUUAAAUGGAGUUGUUGUUGUUGCCACGUCGAAUCGACCCCCUGUAGACUUGUAUAAGAACGGACUCCAGAGGGUGAACUUUGUGCCGUUUAUCGCCGUCUUACAGAAAUAUUGCCACACACUACGAUUGGAUUCCGGAAUUGACUACCGCAAAAGAAACCGACCUUCUGCUGGGAAGCUGUAUUUCCUGUCCAGUGAGCCGGAUGUGGAGGCGACGCUGGACAAGAUGUUCGACGAGCUGGCCUUCAAGCAAAACGACAUAACGCGGCCCAGAGUCCUGAACGUCCACAACAGGAAAGUCCGCUUGAACAAGGCGUGUGGGACCAUCGCUGACUGCACCUUUGAGGAGCUCUGUGACAGACCUUUAGGGGCCAGUGACUACCUGGAGAUGUCUCAGCUGUUUGACACCAUCUUCAUCCGACACAUUCCUCUGCUGACGGUCAAUAAGAAGACUCAGGCCAGAAGGCUCAUCACUCUGGUGGAUGCGCUCUACGACCACAAGGUGAGGGUGGUGAUCCUGGCAGACCAGCCGCUGGAGGACAUCUUCGUCCACGACGGGGACCACAGUCAUGACGAGGGCCACAUUCUCAUGGACGACCUUGGGCUGAAGAGGGACGAAGCCAGCAGUCUGUCCAUCUUCAGCGGGGAGGAGGAGAAGUUUGCCUUCCAGAGGACAGUUUCUCGGCUCACAGAGAUGCAGACGGAGGAAUACUGGCUAGAAGGGGAUCGAAGCCUCAAGUCCUAGGAGCUGCUCCAGACGGAUCCUUGGAGAACUCGUCCUCCUUCUGUGGACCACCAGAGCCCGACACUCUCCUCCUGUGACACAAACAUUGCACAGGCACUAUUUAUUUGGAUCAUAAAGCCUUUUGAAACUUUUGUGAUGCUGCACUUUAUGGAUCAGUUAACACAGAAGAACAGUCAUGUCUUUACUUUUGACAUUUUAAAAGAAAGCUUGGGAAGAGAGAUUUUAUUAAAGGUUUUAUAAUGACUCUUGAACUUUCUGUUCUGAUUUUCAUUUUGGUGCGUCUCUCCGACUGAGCCAGCAGGUGGCGCUCUCCACUGGCUGGAGGGCUCUAAAGGAACUAGAGUUGCUGGCGUUUGUUUGAAGCCUCUUUUCUCACUGCUGAGGUUGUCUGGAGGUGUCUACCUGGGUGGAGGCCCUGGGACUGACCUGGGAACACCCCAGUGUUCUGAAUGAUUUGCUUUCUGUGGCUGGGCCUCUUCACGUCUGCUGCUGCUGCCCAUGCGGUGAUGGCUUCCAAAAACAUCCGAUAACUCCUAGCUUGUGU